AUGAGUUCUGAUAUCUUCCUGCUAAUUCUCCUAGUUGUGGGAUGUGUUCGCAGUUGCAAGUAAGUUAAGACAAAAAAUUACUGAAUAUUAAUCGACUACAAUAAACAAAAACUUUGUUUCCAGAAUCAACCCAGAAACGGCGUUCCGAACAUGUUCAUGUAAUCCAGUAGGAAAGAACUUGAUCGAAGUAAAAUGUGUAAAUCAAGAUUGGGACAGAAUUCCCAGUCUACAGAGGAUUCUACCUUUAGAAGACCGUAGCCAUGUAAAUAUCUCUAAACUCGACAUCGAGAAAAGCAGCGUUUCACUUAUCAGUUCGGACACAUUCAAAAACCACUCAAUACAGACCUUGACCUUGUCAAACAACAGGAUAGGCACGUUGAAUGUGAAUGCAUUUAGAGGUCUAGAAGAAUCUCUACAAGAACUUGAUCUACAGAACAACCACUUAACUAUAUUUCCAUUUUGGGCAUUUACAUUUCUACGUAACCUGAUAACGCUGAAACUACAUAACAAUCAAAUCAAUGAUCUCGGUGCCAACCUGUCAAAAGAAAACCAGCUUAAGCGUCUUAAAGUAAUGCAUCUUGAUGGGAACGACGUAAGUGUCACACUCAAUAACAAUUUAAGUAUAAAUUGUUUUAGAUAUCGCAAAUUGGACCUCACUCCCUAUCAGGAUUUCCAAUCAAUGUUUUGACUUUGUCUUCUAACCAAAUCCGUCAAUUAGACCACAGUAGUCUACCGUACACACUUUCCAUUCUAGAUUUGUCAAAGAACCUAUUGGACAAAGUAAGUUGCAUAUGAUCACGUAACUGGCUUUACAUAUAUUAUAAUUCACGUCUUUCAGAUUCCGCUAAAGUCUCUAAAAGACCUCCAGCUUCUCACACAACUUGAUCUACACGAAAACAGAAUCCGAGAUGUCGUCUCAACUUCUGACGUCGAAUUCAAGAACUCCAUCAAAAUAAACUUGGCCAGUAAUCUUAUUUCAAAACUGACAAGCGACAGUUUCAAAUCUUUCAAACGUAUAAGCGAACUAGAUCUGGGCAUGAACAAGGUACGUCAUAAAUUGACAAAAAAAAACCGCUUUAGAUCACGACCGUCAAUGAACAUGCCUUCCGUGGUGUUGAAAAGUUGGAAAAGAUUUCGCUUGCAUUCAACCACAUCGAAUCAUUACCUCCAAAUACUUUUUUUGAUUUGAACAAAACUUUGAGGAAGCUGAACAUGGCUUACAAUGAGCUUACAAGGAUCCCUGAAGCCUUGAAAACGUUGGUGUCUUUAGAAGUAUUAGAACUCAAUAACAACAAGAUAACAGAGUAAGUCAUCUCUCCACAUUAAAACAACUUUCAGAAUUAAUAACGACGACGUAGCCAAGUUUAAACCUACAUUGAAAAUAUUGAGACUUGAUUUCAAUUGUCUUCAAGAAGUCCACCCUGACAUAUUCGAUGGAAUGCAAAGAAUAGAAACCCUCGACUUGUCAAAUAACCAGAUAAGACACUUGGGAAAGAUGGCUUUUGGUACUACAAAUGGUGCUGCUGGCAGUCUUAAGCAACUGAAUCUAGCAGGAAACAAACUAGAGCACUUGACAGAUGCUGGGAUAUUCUUCUACUUCACUACACUGCACUACCUCAACCUCAGCUAUAACCGACUAACUAACAUAACCAGCGACGCCUUAGGCCGACUGUCAGCUUUGAAGGUUAUUGAAUUGAAAGUAAGUCAUAAAAUGAAUUUGUAUUAUAAGGUUAAAAAAUACAAUGACCGAAACACUUUUAGGGUAACAAACUAAGCGAAUAUCCCAAGACCUCGAUGUACAACCUGAAACAACUUAGAAGUAUACAACUCUCAAGAAAUUUGAUAGACGAACUGCCAGUCCAACUACUUGAACAUAACCGAGAAGUGACUGAGCUGAACCUUAAAGGAAACAAUAUUAAGACCAUAAACGACCAGUCAUUCCACAAGUCAGUGUCGCAAAACUUAAAGUGGAUAGACUUGUCCCAUAACCGGAUAGAAGAAAUUGGCACAGAUGCAUUCGAAGGCCUACCUGCUUUGUCACACGUCGACCUCAACACUAACCAGCUACUUCAUUUAAACCCACAAGUAUGUCAUGUCCCACCAUGUGUUAUAGCAAAACAGAUACAUAAUGUAUUCAUUGUUGUUUUAGUUAACUUUUAUUUUUCAGACUUUCAAUCAGCUACCCCAACUCAAAUCCUUGAAUUUGGAGAACAAUCAGAUAAAUGUUAUCCAUGACUUUGCCUUCAACCAACUACCAACGUUAAGCCAUCUGAAUCUUGGCUUCAACCAAAUCGAAUCUUUUAGUGAAAACUCGUUUCAAAAUGUGUCGCAAUUAGAGAAGCUUUCCGUAUCCCAUAACAAUUUGAGAACAUUUGACUUCAAUUUCUUAAAUAAUGACAUACAAAAACUGACAGUCCUAGACCUCAGUCACAAUCAACUGUCCUAUAUAGACCUGAUGACAAGCCAACACAAGCUACAACACCUGUCGCUGAAGCACAAUGAGUUUGAAUUUAUAAACAAUCAACUAUUCUCAACUUCUUUGUACUUGAAAACCAUCGACCUGUCGAUGAAUUCCAUAAUCGAGAUACACGUCGAGGCAUUUCAGAAAGCAACAUACUUAAAACACAUAUUUUUAACUGACAACAGGCUGACAAACAUUUGGAGAGACACAUUUGCUAACCAGGCAAGUUACUUACAGUCGCUUAAGACUUUUCUGUCAACUAAUAUAAUAGAUAGGUUAAUUUUAUAAUAAAUUUUAAACUAAAAAAAGUAUUUUAGAAGAAAAUCGAGCUGCUGGACCUGUCACACAACUUCAUAACAAAUGUUGAAGCUGGUGUAUUCGGUCGAAACAACGUAGCCAAUAUUAACCUUUCCUUCAACAACCUCAGUUCCAUCCCAACAAAAGCUUUGUCAUCUGUCCCAUCUAGUCUACUGACUCUAGAGUUGUCUCAUAACUCCAUAAGAUCAGUCGAAAGAAACGACUUCUUAGAGUUGACGACUCUGGAAACCUUGAUUAUUUCGAAUAAUCGAAUCGAAAUCAUCGAAGCCAACGCUUUUGCUCAACUGUCGCGAUUAAGAAAGCUGGACUUGAGCGGAAAUCCUAUAACAACAUGGCAUCCUCAAGCUCUUAAUGUAGGUCGCUUGUAAAUAAACAAAUCCUGAUUUUAGAAAAUAAGCCCAUCUCUCGAAGAACUGAAUCUGGCGGCUACGGGAUUGUUUUCUUUCCCACGAAUACCGACGAAAAACUUGAUGAUAUUGAACAUCAGCCAGUAAGUGUUCUCUUCUGAAUAUCAUUUCGUUUCAGCAACAAGGUCUACGACAUUCAAAAAGAAGAAAUCGAAAGUAUUGGCAAUUUGCAAGUUCUCGACCUGUCAUACAACAACCUAGUAGCAGUCCACAACAAUAUUACGACGAAGUUGAAGAACCUCAGGAAACUCUACUUGAAUGGUAACCCUAUUCAGAAGUUUGAAAAUUACUUUUUCGAGCCUUUUUCGCGAAUGCAAACUCUGGAAUUGAGCAACAUGAAGGACCUCAAAUAUCUACCGUCUCCGAAACAAUUCUCUUAUCUAACCAAACUUCAGAAUUUGCACGUAAGUUCAAAAAUAACAAAAGCUAAACGAUAAAAUUAGUUGUACAAGAUUCCAGAUAAUGUGAUAUACAACCUCACAUCUAUUCUACUGUCUCUACCACCGCUGCAUACCCUCCACAUUCAAAUCAAUGGCCACACAUUAGACAACCAGCUAGCAGAAGUAGAUUCAAGACUACUCAACGAACUCAUGUUGACAGGAAGUUCGCUAAAGGUCAUCAAUUCUCACUUACUUUCCAAAAUCAAGCGAUUUAGACUACAUCUAAUGAUAAAACACACCUCGCUCAGCUUUAUACCGUCCAACUUCUUCUCUCACCUCAAAGGAAUCAGGUAUCUUUCAUUAACUCUACCUAACAACCAGAUAGAGACAAUGUCAGAACUAUUCAAACACGGAAGUCCACCUGUUUUAAACAGUCAUGGUACCAUACUUGAACACCUUGAUAUCAGCGUAAGUACUUCAAAAAAACUUAAUUUCAUCAAAAUUUAGUUUAUGAUCAAAAAUCUAUUAUCGCAAAUCGUAUCCCUACUUUCAGGAAAACCCUUUGACCUGCGAUUGUCGCAUGAAAUUCUUAAACAGUUGGAUCUACUAUACCCGCGAAGAGUUAAAGUCAUGGCCUACAGUAAAACAAGCAUUGAAGAACACAAAAUGCCUGAACUACAACAACAACUCAGAUUCAUUGUGGACCUUGUAUGACCUUACACGAACCGACCAUCCCAGAGAAAACGACAACUUCGAAGAAAGAUCAAAGAAUUCAAAGCCACAUUUCUCUGAGAAACCUUCACCGCCAUUGUAUUGCCAUGAAAACGGCAAAGAAAACAAAAUUUCCCAACUGUUUUCAUCAACUUCUGCCAGUACCUUUACACGCUUAUUACUUUUAAUAACCAUGGCUUUUGGUUUCCUCAGUUAG